AAGAAACUGCCAGAGUAACGACGCACACUCAAGAGACAAAUGGAGAAAUGAAAACUGGCUCGUUUAUUAGACCAAUCUCCUCUCUCACCACAAACCAUCCCAAGCUCUUUCCUUUGGCUCUCUCUAUUUCCUUCCUCAGGUUUGGAAUGAACAAUGGUGAGCUUAAGAAGACACAAACGCUCAAGCCUAUCCCCUGUCCUUGCAGCUGGAAGUAGUUAUGUUCUAGCUCCACUUCCUGGGUUCACUGACAGCGAAAUUGACACUCAUGCAAAACUUGAUUGUGUGCAUCCCAUGCCUUUGAACGAUGAAGAUGAACCAGAGGAGCUGAACUUACCCAAAGAGACCGAGACAGUUUCAGUACUAAACAGUGCCAAGAGGAAAAUGAGGAAGAUUGAUGAGUUGAUGAAGAUUACUGAAACUGAGGUCAUCGAGUCACCUAAAAAUUAUCAGGUUGACUUGAAAAAACCGGUGCGUCGAUGGAAAAAAGUGCUGGAAAAGAAGUCCCCGAAGGUGUCAGAGGUUACCAAAGAUGAACUUGAGAAGAUAGUGAAGAAACCAAGGACAAACUCUGACUUCUACCUGGAGGAACUGGAUCUGCUCCACAAGAAGAAGGAAAAUGAGAGCAAGCUAACGACCGAGCUGAACAAGACCUGCCAAAAAGAGUUGAAAGAGGCUGAAGACAAUAAUCAUGCCUUCUCGUGGGAUUACUGUCUCCUGGAUAAGUCCUAUGUCCAGUCUUUGGAAAAUAUUUGGCUAGAAGGUGAAGACCAGAAUGUGGAUGACGAGGGCACUGAUACAUUGGGGAAUGAAGAAGCGAAGAAUAAGAUUGACAUCUCGGAAGAUUGGGUGAAUAAGCUAAAGGAGAAGAAGGGACUGCAAAAGGCUGAGCUGGACGCUGCAAAGGUGGAAACAGAGAAGCUGCGCAGAUAUGUUGUUGAGCUCGACAGGGUGGCUGUGGACAUGGCCAAAGCUCAAGCUGCUGCCAUCAAAGCUGAGAAGGAUGAGGUUGAAGAGAAAAAUGAAGAAAUGAAGAACAAGAUUGACAUCUUGAAAACCAUGGUGGAAAAACUAAAGGACAAGAAGAUACUGCAAAAGUCUGAGACUGAAGCUGCAAUGGUGGCUUGUGAGAAGCUAUGCAGAGAUGUAGAGCUUAGCAGGGUGGCUGUGGACAUGGCCAAAGCUGAAACUUCUACCCUCAAAGCUGAGAAGGACAAGCUUGAAGAGCAAAAUGAAAUCGAGAUGAGGAAAAAGAGGAAAUAUAUUGCUUCUCUGAUCUCUGAGCUGAAAAGUUGCUACUCCUUCCUGACAGAUCCGAAGAUGAGCUCUUGAAGAAGCAAAGGGAGGUUCCUGGGGACUGUUCCUGAUUGAGCUCCAAAAGGCUAAAAGGAGUAAGAGAUUAAGCAUAGAUAAUAGAAGGUAUUAUUAGAUUAAUCAAAAGAAGAGAGGACAGAAAACUUUGGGAAACUUUCUUUUCUUGUCCUAUUUAACCCUCCUAUAGUCCUAUCCAAGUAAAGCCCUUUUUGUUUAUAAUAGUGGGAUCUACUUGUCUAUUAAUCUGUGACAACAUUACUUGGAGAGAAUUUUGUAAACCGGAUGCAUUGUGCUUCCUCCAAAUUGGAUCCAUAUGAAGGUUUAUUACAGUAGAGAUCGAGAAAUGAUAUU